AUGCCGGGGUCACCCGAGGUGAAGCCGCACGUGGGCGCCCCCACGGUGAUGGACACCGCCGCCCCCCCCUCCGGUGCCUUCGCGGGGCCCCCCCCGUGGGAGCGGGGUCCCGGGGCCCCGGAGCUGGAGUUCGUGGAUCUGGACGAGUUCCUGCGGGAGCACGGGCUGCCCCCGAGCCCCGCCCCCGCCCCGGGUAGAGCCGCCGCUGCGGGGGUCCCAGACCCAUUCUCACUCUCUCCCCUUUCCUCCCCUCCCCUUGCAGCCGCCGCUCCCCCCCCUCCCCGCUGCCCCCCCACCCCCCCAGUGCCGGGGGAGCCGCCGCUGGAGGCGGAGGCGCUGGGGGAGGCCGGUCCCGGGGGGGGCCCCUUCGACCCGCGGCGGCUCCGGUUCUCGCAGGAGGAGCUGCGGCCCCAGCCCAUCGCCAGGAAGGCGCGGAAGGUGCACGUGCCCGAGGAGCAGAAGGACGAGCGGUACUGGAGCCGGCGCAGCCGCAAUAACGCGGCAGCCAAGCGCUCGCGGGACGCGCGGCGCCUCAAGGAGAACCAGAUCUCGGUGCGCGCGGCCUUCCUGGAGCGGGAGAACGCGGCGCUGCGCCAGGACGUGGCCGCGGCCCGCAGGGAGCUGGCGCGGUUCCGGGGGCUGCUGGCGCGCUACGAGGCACGGCAUGGAGCACUGUGAGA